CGGAGUGUGGAAGAGACGGCGCUGGAACCCAUGGACACGGCGUAUCCCCGCGAGGACCCCCGGGCCCCCACGCCCAGCAAGGCCGGUGCCCACACAGCCCUCACACUGGGGGCCCCGCACCACCCGCCUCGAGACCACCUGAUCUGGUCGGUGUUCAGCACCCUCUACCUGAACCUGUGUUGCCUCGGCUUCCUGGCACUUGCCUACUCCAUCAAGGCCCGAGAUCAGAAGGUGGUUGGUGACCUGGAAGCGGCCCGGCGUUUUGGCUCCAAAGCCAAGUGCUACAACAUCCUGGCCGCGAUGUGGACGCUGGUGCCGCCACUGCUGCUCCUGGGGCUGGUGGUGACUGGGGCCCUGCACCUGGCCCGGCUGGCCAAGGACUCUGCCGCCUUCUUCAGCACCAAGUUCGACGAUGCGGACUAUGACUGACGGGCUGUGUCCUGACCUGAGGCACCAGCCCCAGGACACUGAGCCCAGGCUGCUGCCCCUGGGGGUUCAAUACUGACUCCCCGGAGACUGGCCCUCCUUCUGUGGGGCCUCCAUCCCUGCCCUAUCCUGACCCUGGGGCCCCCCGGCCCCAACAUGGGCACCUAAGGCUGAACCAGUCAGACCCCAGGGUCCUCACCCUAACCUGAGGGUUCCCGGGCCCUAACUGUACCCCCAAUCGUGCCCCUCCCUCCUCACACUCCAGGCCCCUCGGUUCCACAAUUAAAAGUUUCUGGUUCCAGAAA